GGGGCAGGAGCAGCACUUGAGGCUGCUCUGGGAAGGGCUGAGGGGCGGGCUCUGGACUAGGGACAAAGAGAUAGUUGAGCUGCAACUAGGGGUGCAGACUGUGCCAACAGUAAUGGAGGAACAAGACUGAGACCUACUUUAACUGAGAAGCCCCCAAGAUAAAGGCUGAGACACCUAAGGCACUUCAGCAGACAUCUACAAAUCUGAAGGACAAGAUAUGGCUCAAGUAGGUGGGCAGAGGCGAUCCAACAGCAACUUCAAGAUGGUCUCCUGGUCCGUGCUAAUGAGGAUACAAGCAACACUGCAGAAGGAGAUGGUGCGGGAGUUCCUGGCUGAGUUCAUGAGCACGUAUGUCAUGAUGGUAUUUGGCCUUGGUUCUGUAGCCCAAAUGGUUCUAGGAGGGAAAAAAUUUGGGAGCUACUUGAGUGUCAACUUGGCUUUUGGCUUUGGAGUCACCAUAGGAAUGCAUGUGGCAGGCAACAUCUCUGGGGCCCAUAUGAAUGCAGCUGUGACCUUCACCACCUGCGCUUUAGGUCGAAUGCCUUGGAGGAAGUUUCCUGUGUAUGUUCUGGGUCAGUUUCUGGGCUCCUUCAUGGCUGCUGUCACCAUCUACAGCCUCUUCUAUACGGCCAUUAUCCACUUCUCCGGCAACCUUCUGACGGUGACUGGUCCCACGGCCACUGCUGGCAUUUUUGCCACUUACCUUCCUGAACACAUGAUAUUGUGGAGGGGCUUCCUGGAUGAGAUGUUUAUCACAGGGAUGCUCCAGCUGUGUCUCUUUGCCAUCACGGACAAGGACAACAAUCCAGCACUUCGAGGGACAGAGGCUCUGGUGGUCGGCCUCCUCAUUGUCAUCAUCGGAGCGUCCCUAGGCAUGAACUCAGGAUAUGCUAUGAACCCGUCCCGGGACCUGCCUCCUCGAUUCUUCACUUUCAUUGCUGGCUGGGGCAAACAGGUGUUCAGUGCUGGGGACAACUGGUGGUGGGUGCCAGUGGUGGCACCACUCCUAGGUGCCUACCUAGGUGGCAUCAUCUAUGUCAUCUUCAUUGGCUCCAGCAUCCCACGGAAGCCUCAGAGUUUGGAGAACUCCAUGGUGUGCGAAGAUCACAGGAUAACUGAAUUGCGCAAGACCAGCCCAUCCACGACCUCCCCCAUUGACCCUUCAAUCCAGCCUGUCCAAUCCUUAAGUGGCUCCAUGCCUUUAGAGCAGUUCUAAGUUGAGACUGUCAUCCCAACUCACCCUAAUAAAGAAAGCCUUGUCCCACAGUGGCACCCUCACUUUGUGGGGCCUCCUGUGGUUGGGCUUCCCUCCUGGCUCCUUCCAGGAGCUCCAGUGUUUAUGCCUUAGCUCAAGUAUGGAGCAUAGAGCUGAGAGGCCUCAACUCUCUCCAGCACAGGAGCUGGGGUGUUCCUGAGGGAGAAUUGGGAGGAACUGACCUGUGGCCUUAGGGUGAGGUGACAGGCAUAGAGGACUCUGAGGGGGGUGAUUUGAUGUAAGGCCCAGAACUAGCUGGGGGUGGGGGCAACUUUGGGCAUAUGUUGAAGGUAUCUUGUGAUAGGAUUCUAGAGUUCCCCCCAUUUGUCCCUUCUUUAGCCAUGGCCAGUUCUUGGACCAGACAAAGCAAGAUCAAGAGUGCAGAUCAGAAUUUCUCAACAUUUUUUUUUCAUUAGUGCCUUCAGCAUUCUUUUAAAUAUUUUCUUAAUGACAUUUUUUUAAUACCACAGGUAUACUAAACCUAUGUUUACUUAUUCUAUCCGUGCUUCAUACAUAAAAAUGAGAUUCUUUUCUU